CACAGCAUGCACCAGGUUGAGAGUGUUGCUGCCUCCAGAGCUUUUCACUGGUCUUUACGUGCCAAACCCACAUGCUACAGUGCUGCGGACCAUGGCCAUUUCCCUGGAGAAGUUCAUUCAUUCUCUGGACCUCAGAGCCCUUCCCAGGGUCCUCCAAAUCCAGUCAGGCAUCUAUUGUCAAGGCUCCAUCUAUGAGAUGUUUGGUAAUGAAUGCUCCCUCUCAACAGGAGAAGUCAUUAAAGUUAUUGGCUUCAAAAUUAAUAAGCUCAUAGCAAGUACCUGUGAGAACAAUGAAGGCAGCCAGUUUUCAGCCAAAGUGGAAUUACCACUAAAUUUUCCUGGUCUUUAUAAGGUUGUGGCAGAUAAGACUCCAUAUGUCAGCAUUGAAGAAAUUGCAAGAAAAGUCUCUAUAGGGCCAACAAGGUUUGGCCAUCCUUGUUUCUACAGCGCCGAGGAUAUAAAAUUGGCAAACUUCACUAUCAAACAUGGUGAGCAGAUCACCUUCAACUCAGUAGAAGAGGUCAAUGGAACGAUGGCUGUGAACUGUGUGGUGGUCAGAAAUAACCAGACUCAUUCCUUUACUUUGCCCCUUUCGCACGAAGGAGAAUUCUACGAGUGUGAAGAUGACCAGAUAUACACCCUAAAAGAGAUUGCAGAAUGGAAAAUCCCUAAGUGCAGGAACCGGAUUGUUAAACUUUCCAAUACUUUACAUAUGUGGGACUCCUCUAGUCCAUUUCCCAAGAAUUUUGAUGGCCGUUUGAUUCUCAUGCCUGUCUAUGAAGUUCAGGCAGUAAUGAAAUUUCGAAAGGACAUAGUUCAUAUCCUCUCAGAUCUGGAUGUUGAGGUCAAGGAUAUAACAGACUGUUAUGAUAUUGGCUCUUUCCUUCAGCCACUUUCUUUGGAAGAUAUAUUUGAGAGAACAAGCAAAGAAUUUCCUAUGGUUGCUGAGAUAAUGGAAGGGCCUUCAGCAAGCCAAAAACCUUAUAACUUAUUGUCUACAGGGAAAGAGAUUGUCAUCUAUAAAAAGUACCAGGCAGCAAGAGUGCUAGCCUCUGAGAUGAGAAGUGAUUCCUCCAAAAGACAUUUUUUAAUCCCUAUGAGCUACAAAGGAAAGUUCAAGAGAAGACCUCGGGAGUUUCCAACUGCCUAUGACUUAGAGAUAGCAAGAAGUGAAAAAGAACAGCUUCAUGUGGUAGCAACCAAACCUUUUGUUUCCCUUCAUAAAGAACUUUUUUCUGUUUCAGUUGGAGAUCAAUUUCUAGUUCAGCAGUGCCAGACUAGCGAAGUUCUGUAUGAGGGAAGAAAGAAACUCAUAGAUGUUUUAGCUUGUGAGCAAAUACUAAGUGAUUCAUAUAAAAAAGUGCUUCUUCCCAUGUACAUGGAAGGUGGCUUUGUGGAAGUGAUUCAUGACAAGAAACAGUACCACCUUUCUGAGAUUUGCAAAGAAUUCCAUUUGCCUUUUAAUGUCAAAGUGUCCGUGAGGGACCUUUCCAUUGAGAAAGAUGUCUUGGCUGCCGCGCCUGGUCUGCAGUUUGAAGAAGAAAUCACAGACUCUUACUUGCUGAUCAGUAGCGUCAGCAGUCCGAUGGAGAGCUGGGAGAUUCCAGUGUAUCGCUUAAACAUGUUGGUCCAUUUGCUGAGCAAAGAUGUCCAGACAGUUGUACCACCUGUGACUAGGACAAUGGUGGAAGAGGUCAGCAAAGAGGAAUACUAUAUGUUACGAAGAUAUGAAAACCUAACCCUUCAUCCACCACCCAGGCCUCCCAAAAAGCCAACAACAGCAGCACCACCCACUUCUGCAGUGCUUAAGCAAGAUGUGUCUGAUGUACUACAGGCUCCAAAGAAUUUCUGCAUAGACACCACCAAGAAAUUGUGCUCAGACCAAGCUGCUGAUGUCUUGGAAUUGCAAGUUAGUUGUCAAAAUGAUUUGGUGCAUCGUGAGAAUCAGAAGGACAUGACUGGGAAAGCUACACUGGUGGAAACCACUGUGAUUAAAGAUCUAGCAAGAAACUAUGAGGCAGAAGAUGAAGAAGAGCAUGACUACAGCUAUAUUGAUGAAAAGAUAAUUGAAAACAUAAGAGAAGUAUUUCAUGACACCAGCAUUAGAAAUAAGCACGCCCUCUCCAGAGGAAGAAGAGACAUCUGAAGGAAAAAAAUUCUGAGAUUAACUGGAUGCAAGUAGGAAGCUGUGUCCUUCCACUUCAAGAUUGACCGCAACUGUAUGAAAAAGCUGCUCAUGAAAGUGUCCUUCUUGUCUCAUGAAGAGCAUACAAGGCUGUAAUUUAGCUAUAAUAAUCCCCUGUGAAACUAAACUGCUUACUUGUCCUAAAUAAGAAGUCAAAGCAGCUAAUGCCUCAUGACCCUUUGAAGAGACAAAUUUCUUCUGUACAUAUUUAUUAAUGAAUUCAGAGAACGAUGCCAAGUCCAGUCCUUCAUUCUUAUUGCACCUGAAAUUCUGGUUAUUUCCUGAACCUCUGUAGGGCAUAUACAAAAGGAACAUCCCUAACUGAAACAGCUGCAUGGUUGUUUCCUUUAGGUUUUGAUUGUGGGGGUUUUCUUUGAGAAGGAAAUGGUAAUUUCCUUCUCAAAGAAAUCCUUCAAAAUCAAAGGAUUGUCUAAGGUGAACAUUCAUUUCUUUUAGCCAGUCUUACCUGCUUCAGUUUAAGGCUCAAAACUGGAAAUGAGCAGAUUCUGCCACUUUUUCACAUGAUGAAAAAGGUAAGUAGUAUGGUUGCACAACAUGUAAUUUGCCCUGGAAAGCAAUGCCACUCCUCUCACAAGGCCCAGGAGUGCCAUCUCCAUAACCCCUUGCACAGCUAAUAUCUAGAAUCACUCUAAAGCUAUUAUAUUCAGCAGCUUGCUGAAAAAGCGGCCAGGAAGGGUAGACAGAAGCUGGAUCUGAAAGAUUGGUGUCCAUGCCAGCCCUCCAAACUGAGAAAAAGGCACAUGCUGCCCUCUUUAAGAGGUCUGAGAAAAGCAAUGCUGAAGAACUUCACCUACACCUUGUGGUACCUAGUGUUCUCACACAAGAUUUGGGGAAGAGGCAGAGGCCUCUCUGUACCACCAGUGGAUGGCCAAUGCCUCCCCACCAAAAAGAGGGCUCAGAAAGGGCAGCACGGUCUCUUCUCCUGUCUUAAACUAAAAAAGUGCUUGUUUUGAAUAAUUUUCUUUUACUUUAUACUUUGGAAAAUGAAAAAUGAGAGCCAAAAGUUUACAUGGUAUCUGAAAGGAUCCAAAACCUUCUUGGCUCAGAUGGAGAGAACUCCUUUUGUAUCCUGCCCCUGGCAUGUGAGGACAGAGCAGGGACAGGGAGAGCCUCUGUUUACAUGGAUGAGCAUCUCACUGGCUUGGUAGUGAGCAUGUAAUUGAUGCUGACAUUAGACCUCCUGUAUUUCUGUCUAGGACAGAUGUGUGCAAACAUGUAAGUUGCACAGUUAGGGUGUGCUUAACAUCUUUGGGUGGCACCGGACCUAGUCUUUGUGCUCUGCCAAAGUGAGUCUGAUAUCCAUAACUUGUGGCAUUUAAGAACUGGGCAGCUCAUGCAUAGUGAGUGCUGUGUACUCAAAAGUGUUAGAUCUAGGACAGGUACACUGCCCUCUGGCAGUGAUUUGACUUUCAGGGAAAACUGUCAAGAACUGAUGUGUAAACACACAGUUGAUGUGCCAAGGGUUUCCAGACUCAACAGCAGCUUGAUCAGAGUGGCAUAUCCAGAAUUCAGCAGGGUGGAGAAAGGGAAUGUGUUUAGAAAGCCUGGACCAUACCCUGGUUUUAGUUCUAUUGAGGAGUUAAUAAGCAAAAACUCCAAAAAUGCGUUAGUAUACUUCAAAGCAAAACUCUUUUCAAGCAGACAGUAGUGUCUUCAGUUUUGUCUAUUAAAAUUCUACUGAAUGAUUAAUUUCACUAAUGCAAAUUAAUUUAGGAUUUCUUAAUAUUGUCUCACAUCAAUUUAUUCAAGAUAAAUGUUCAUCCUCAUUAAAAUCAGUUACAAUUUAAGUAUUAAGAAUAUCACUCAGAGUACUUUGAUUCCAUGCAUAUGUAGCAUACAAUGUUUUGCAUAUCACUGGUUAAUAUGGCUUGCAGGUGUGUACAAAAAUGGCUGGCACAUCACUUGUGGGUAUUUUAAAUACAUAUUGAGCAUUUUUUAAAAAAACCAACCCUGUAUUUAUCUUUUGGCAGCUCAAAAGAGCCCCAUUUGUUUUGGCACAAUUGCAGCCUGGCAUUUGAAUAAAAUAAAUUUGUUGUGUAUUUUA